GCUUCUGCCAACACGACGAACGUAGAGACCCUAAAAACCCUCUAUACCACCACUGAAGCUGAUUUACAGUUAGGGUUUCAAAAUAUCAAACAAUAAUGGAUUUGGAAGAAGAAUAUGACCAAGGAUACGACGACGAGGAAGAAGAUAUAACUCAAGAGGAUGCUUGGGCAGUUAUCAGUUCUUAUUUCGAAGAGAAAGGUCUCGUUCGUCAACAACUCGAUUCGUUCGAUGAGUUUAUUCAGAACACUAUGCAGGAAAUUGUUGACGAGUCUGCGGAUAUCGAGAUCCGACCCGAAUCUCAGCACAAUCCGGGUCACCAGCCUGAUUUUGCAGAGACUAUCUAUAAAAUCAGCUUCGGUCAGAUUUAUCUGAGUAAACCGAUGAUGACGGAAUCAGAUGGUGAAACCGCCACGUUGUUUCCAAAGGCAGCAAGGCUGAGAAAUCUAACAUAUUCUGCACCAUUAUAUGUUGAUGUAUCAAAAAGGGCUAUAAAGAAAGGGCAUGAUGGUGAAGAAGUCACAGAAACUCAGGAUUUUGCUAAAGUUUUCAUCGGAAAGGUUCCUAUAAUGCUACGUUCAAGUUACUGUACAUUAUUUCAGAAUUCUGAAAAGGAUUUGACCGAGCUUGGAGAGUGCCCUUAUGAUCAAGGUGGAUAUUUCAUCAUAAACGGGAGUGAAAAAGUUCUAAUCGCUCAAGAGAAAAUGAGCACCAAUCAUGUUUACGUGUUUAAAAAGAGACAACCGAACAAAUACGCUUAUGUGGCGGAAGUUCGUUCAAUGGCAGAAUCUCAGAACAGGCCACCUAGUACCAUGUUUGUUCGAAUGCUUGCUCGGACCAGUGCCAAAGGGGGCUCUUCAGGUCAAUAUAUUCGGGCUACACUUCCAUACAUUCGAACUGAGAUUCCUAUCAUUAUUGUGUUUCGAGCAUUGGGAUUUGUUGCUGAUAAAGAUAUUUUAGAACACAUAUGUUAUGAUUUUGCUGAUACUCAAAUGAUGGAGUUGCUGCGGCCUUCAUUAGAAGAAGCAUUUGUUAUACAAAAUCAACAGGUGGCAUUGGAUUACAUUGGUAAAAGAGGUGCUACUGUUGGUGUCACUAAAGAGAAGAGAAUUAAGUAUGCCCGUGAUAUUCUUCAAAAAGAAAUGCUUCCUCAUGUGGGGGUUGGAGAGUAUUGUGAAACAAAAAAAGCUUACUACUUUGGAUAUAUCAUCCACCGUCUACUGUUAUGUGCUCUUGGUCGGAGGGCCGAAGAUGACAGAGAUCAUUAUGGCAAUAAGAGGCUUGAUCUUGCCGGUCCUUUGCUAGGUGGCUUAUUUAGAAUGCUCUUCCGAAAGUUAACAAGAGAUGUAAGAGGUUAUGUACAAAAGUGUGUAGACAACGGGAAGGAUGUUAAUCUACAAUUUGCAAUUAAAGCAAAAACGAUUACUAGUGGCCUUAAAUAUUCCCUUGCUACUGGGAACUGGGGGCAAGCGAACGCAGCUGGAACGAGAGCUGGUGUUUCACAGGUGUUGAAUCGUUUGACAUAUGCAUCUACGCUGUCACAUUUAAGAAGACUAAACUCUCCUAUUGGGCGUGAAGGAAAAUUGGCAAAACCGAGACAGCUGCACAACUCACAAUGGGGAAUGAUGUGCCCUGCAGAAACCCCUGAAGGACAGGCAUGUGGGUUGGUGAAAAAUCUUGCUUUGAUGGUUUACAUUACUGUUGGGUCAGCGGCAUACCCAAUUCUGGAAUUUUUGGAAGAAUGGGGUACAGAAAAUUUCGAGGAAAUUUCUCCUGCUGUUAUCCCGCAAGCUACAAAAAUCUUUGUCAAUGGUCUGUGGGUGGGAAUCCACCGUGAUCCCGACAUGUUGGUUAGGACUCUGAGGAGAUUAAGAAGACGGGUUGAUGUGAACACUGAAGUUGGAGUUGUUCGAGAUAUUCGUUUGAAAGAGCUUCGCAUCUACACCGAUUAUGGCCGUUGCAGUCGUCCACUUUUUAUUGUAGAGAAGCAAAGGCUUUUAAUAAAAAAGAGAGACAUCCAAAAGUUGCAACUAAGGGAAACCCCAGAAGAUGGUGGUUGGCAUGAUCUUGUCUCAAAUGGAUUCAUCGAGUAUAUUGAUACCGAAGAGGAAGAGACAACUAUGAUUUCCAUGACCAUCAGUGAUCUCGUGAGUGCGAGGCUAAAUCCAGACGAGUCUUAUUCGGACACUUAUACACAUUGUGAAAUUCAUCCAUCAUUGAUCUUGGGUGUUUGUGCCUCCAUUAUACCAUUUCCCGACCACAAUCAGUCCCCACGUAAUACAUAUCAGUCAGCCAUGGGUAAACAAGCUAUGGGGAUUUACGUCACCAACUUCCAAUUUCGUAUGGAUACAUUGGCAUAUGUUCUUUACUAUCCUCAAAAACCACUUGUGACUACUCGAGCAAUGGAACACUUGCAUUUCAGACAACUUCCAGCUGGCAUAAAUGCAAUUGUGGCGAUUUCCUGUUAUUCUGGAUAUAACCAAGAAGAUUCGGUUAUUAUGAACCAAUCAUCCAUUGACCGUGGUUUCUUCAGAUCACUCUUCUUCCGUUCAUACAGGGAUGAAGAAAAGAAGAUGGGGACACUUGUAAAAGAAGAUUUUGGUCGGCCCGACAGAGCUAAUACCAUGGGUAUGAGGCAUGGUUCAUAUGAUAAAUUGGAUGAUGAUGGUCUAGCUCCUCCUGGAACACGAGUUGGAGGUGAAGAUGUGAUAAUUGGAAAAACAACACCUAUUGCUCAGGAUGAUGCUACUCAGGGUCAAGCCUCACGUUACACUCGUAAAGAUCACAGCACAAGCUUACGUCACAGUGAAAAUGGAAUGGUUGAUCAGGUACUGCUGACUACCAAUGCUGAUGGGUUAAGGUUUGUUAAAGUGCGGGUUAGAUCCGUUAGAAUACCUCAAAUCGGAGAUAAGUUUAGUAGUAGACAUGGUCAGAAAGGAACUGUGGGUAUGACUUACACACAAGAAGACAUGCCAUGGACGGUUGAAGGUAUCACUCCCGAUAUUAUAGUCAACCCACAUGCUAUCCCGUCACGUAUGACCAUCGGUCAGCUUAUCGAGUGUAUUAUGGGGAAGGUUGCUGCUCAUAUGGGCAAAGAAGGAGAUGCCACUCCUUUCACAGAUGUUACGGUGGAUAAUAUUAGUAGGGCGCUGCACAAGUGUGGUUACCAGAUGCGUGGGUUUGAGACCAUGUAUAACGGUCACACGGGUCGGCGGCUUCCAGCUAUGAUAUUCUUGGGGCCAACUUACUACCAAAGAUUGAAACAUAUGGUGGAUGAUAAGAUCCAUUCACGUGGUAGGGGUCCGGUUCAGAUCUUGACUCGACAGCCGGCUGAGGGACGGUCACGUGACGGUGGGCUUAGGUUUGGUGAAAUGGAACGGGACUGCAUGAUUGCUCAUGGUGCUGCUCAUUUUCUUAAGGAACGACUGUUUGACCAGAGUGAUGCGUACAGGGUUCAUGUUUGCGAGCGUUGUGGGUUGAUCGCGAUUGCUAAUCUUAAAAAGAAUUCGUUCGAGUGCAGAGGAUGCAAGAACAAGACUGAUAUUGUUCAGGUGCAUAUUCCGUACGCAUGUAAACUGUUGUUCCAGGAGCUUAUGUCCAUGGCAAUUGCGCCUCGAAUGCUCACUAAAGACAUCAAACAAGCUAAAGACAGCAAGAAGAAAGGCGCAUAGCUUAGACCACACUAAUUUUCUACUAAUGGAAUCUAAGCUGUUCAAUUUCAACGUUCUCUUACUUCGCUAUGUGUUAGCAACGAAAAUUAUAUAAUCAUCUGUACUAAAAUGGCAAGUUUAAGUCAUUAUUAAGAUGUAUUUUGGUGUGAUGAUUGCACUUGCCAGCAGGUGUUCAUUUUUUUUAUUGAAGUACUGUAAAAUAGUUCUGGUAACGAACGAGUUGAAAGGAUAUAUGAGCGCUUAGUUGAUACAAUAGCGCUACCAGAUUAAAAAUUAGUUUGUGUUUUAGACUUCUUAUUUAAUGUGAAGAUGUGAUUUAUUUAA